AUGAUAGCCAUAAGACAUCUCCUCAAGGUCGGCCUGGCUGUUGUCGGUCUGUUCCCUUGGCAUGGACUAGCUCUUGAAGUCGCGGUCCACCAGGAAUGUGUUGCGGCUGUUUUUGGUAUUAUCGGAAAUCUCAACUUCGAAGGCAUUGGAUACGGUGACUAUUACUUGGGACUUUGCCAGAACCCGCUAAAAGCCACUUCUGUCUACGCUAUUUCCAGGGCAUAUUGCCCGCCAAAUGACCUAGAUCCCGGGCUCGCCUACUUCGGCUUGGCCUGUCAGAGCUAUGGCAGCGUAGAACUCAUUCCAGAGGCCGACUUGGCUGCGAAUUUAACUGAUAAAGCAGUUAACAGCUUUCCUAUUCUCGAUCAAGAUGAUAAGAGGGUUCUGACUAACCUCACGACGCCGGUUCUGAUUUCCAGAGAUUGGUUUGAAUUGGGUUACCGCACAGAGGAUGCAUGGGAUUAUGAGCACCGAACGCAUAUUGCCUAUGGGUUCGCAAUGUAUGGAUUCUGGGGCGGUGUUCUCGUCAUUGGAGCUCUGCACCGACUUAUCACCCUGAUCAAUGAAAGCCGGCUGUCACCUUCAUCUACCGGCCCUGAGGACACCGGGUUGGCAGAUAGUCGGGAGAAACCAACAGAAAAAAACCGCCCAAUUGCAUCCUUAUACUCAUGGAUCCGGAAACACCUUAUUACUCCAAGCGCUUUACCUCCUUAUCGGAGCCAGCUCUUGUUCGGAUGCACCAUACCAACUCGCAUCGAAGCAUUCAUUGUGCUGUCAUAUUGGAUCGUCAAUUUUGUACUUUGUUGUGUAAACUACCGUGGAUUCAAGGGUAACCUUUACUGGUCUGCGGUUGCCCCUCAGAUAUGGAGAUAUAUUGCCGACCGAACAGGCAUACUGGCAUUUGCCAAUUUACCCUUGAUAUGGAUGUUCAGCGGCCGGAAUAAUAUUUUUAUCUGGCUAACAGGUUGGCAAUUCUCUACAUUCAAUCUCUUCCACCGACAUAUCGCUCGCAUAGCGACAGUGCAAGCUAUCUUCCAUUCUAUUGGAUAUACGGCUUUCUACUUUACAGCGGGCUUCGCGGACGAUUAUCGGGAAUCGUUCCAUGAGGCUUGGUGGUGCCUAGGAGUUGUGGCAACGAUUUCAAUGAGCUUUAUCGUUCUCUUCUCCUUCAGUUGGUUCCGUCGCAAGAUUUAUGAGUCUUUCCUUCUGAUCCAUAUCACUUUAUCUAUCGUGGUAAUUAUCGCUCUCUUCUACCACACAUCCAUAUUCGAUGGAGAAUACGAUCCUUACUUAUGGCCUCUCGUUGCCAUCUGGAGUUUUGACCGUUUCCUGAGGAUUGUUCGGGUAGUUUAUUGCAAUCUCCACGUUCGGCUGUCCAAAAAGAGACUCCAUCGUAGUGUUGCUGCGAUAUCCUACGACCAAGACGCCAACAUUGUCCGCAUUCAAAUUAACACCCACGUAAGGCCAAGACCUGGUCAGCACUAUUAUCUGUACCAGCCAUUCCGCUUCACUGGCUGGGAGAAUCAUCCUUUCACUUUGGCAUAUUGGAGCAAGCCUACGGAAGAAACUAUUCAGGCUCAAGCUGGCUCUCUGACCACGAAUAGCACAGCGAAUCAGCCUUCAAAAAUUCAUGCAGCGGCUGAAAACGAGUACAUUCUCUCUUUCUGGAUUCGCCCGUAUGAUGGUUGGACUCGCCGCCUUCGUGAUAUCUGUCUGAAGACCCAAUCUACAUCCAGACUCUCUGCAAUCUCUAGGGAGACUAUCCUCCUCGAAGGGCCGUACGGUAAGGCCGAGCCCUUGUGGACGUUUGACGAGGUCCUUCUUAUUGCAGGGGGGUCAGGCAUUGCGGCCAUGGUUCCUUAUAUACUUGAUCAUGUCUCACGGGUCGCUGCAGGCCAGACACGCAUACGUGGACUGACAUUAGUUUGGGCCGAUCAUUCUGCAAAGGCUUCGAUCGAAUCAUUAGAUUUACCGUCUCCAGACGAAAUCUCAAUUGGAGAUGCGUGCCAAGAGACUGUAGGAAAUGGUGUGCUUAAGGGUAAAGAGGCGACCGAUGAUAUACACGAGGCCGAUUCUUUAACCAUCAAGAUGGGCAGGCCUGACAUCCCAAUGCUCAUUGAGAGUGCAGCGGCUUCCGCUGUCGAGUCUGGAUCACGGCUAGCUGUGAUGGCGUGUGGUCCCAGUGGGAUGGUAGAUGCGGCCAGGGAAGCGACGUAUCGGGCAAUGGGCAAUCAGAGCAAUGCAGUUGAGUAUUUUGAAGAGGCGUUUGGGUGGUAA